AUGGCGGACGAGAGCAGCGAUGCGGGCGGGGACCCGCGCCCCGCGCCCGCCCCGGUCCGGCGCCGCUCCUCUGCCAACUACCGCGCCUACGCCACCGAGCCGCACGCCAAGAAAAAGUCUAAGAUCUCGGCCUCGCGAAAACUGCAGCUGAAGAUCCUGAUGCUGCAGAUGGCGAAGCAGGAGCUGGAGCAGGAAGCAGAGGAGCGGCGCGGAGAGAAGGGGCGUGCUCUGAGCUCCAGGUGCCAGCCUCUGGAGCUGGCAGGCUUGGGCUUCGCGGAGCUGCAGGACUUGUGUCGACAGCUUCACACCCGUGUGGACAAGGUGGAUGAAGAAAGAUAUGACGUGGAAGCCAAAGUUAUCAAGAACAUCACGGAGAUCGCAGAUCUGACCCAGAAGAUCUACGAUCUUCGGGGCAAGUUUAAGAGGCCGACCCUGCGGAGGGUGCGCAUCUCAGCAGACGCCAUGAUGCAGGCGCUGCUGGGUGCCCGGGCCAAGGAGACCUUGGACCUGCGGGCCCACCUCAAGCAGGUGAAGAAGGAAGAUACCGAGAAGGAAAACCGGGAGGUGGGAGACUGGCGCAAGAAUAUCGAUGCUCUGAGCGGAAUGGAAGGCCGUAAGAAAAAAUUUGAGGGCUGAGCCCACCCGCCCUUGCCCUGGCCCUAAGAAUGGCCCCGAGGAAUAAAGAAGCUUCUCUCUGAGCUGA